GUGAGGAGAUCAGCGUUGUCCCAAAUCGGACACUAGAUGCCAGUCUGUCCCCUGUCAUCCUGGGUGUUCAGGGAGGAAGUCAGUGUCUGUCCUGUGGGACAGAGAAGGAGCCAGUUCUGAAACUUGAGCCAGUGAACAUCAUGGAGCUUUACCUCGGGACCAAGGAAUCCAAGAGCUUCACCUUCUACCGGCGGGAUAUGGGCCUCACCUCCAGCUUCGAGUCAGCUGCCUACCCAGGCUGGUUCCUCGGCACUGUGCCCGAAGCAGACCAGCCGGUCAGGCUCACCCAGAUCCCUGAGGAUGCCGCCUGGGAUGCACCCAUCACGGACUUCUACUUUCAGCAGUGUGACUAG